AACCUGAGGCUGCCAUAUCUUAGGUAGUCCGAGCAUGUCACGUGAAGUAGGCGCCCGGUCGGACGAGCCAGAAUCUCCGAAUAGGAAAGUUCGGAGAAAACACAGGUGAUGAGCUUUGGUUGUUGGUCGACUGUUCCCCCGUUGAUACCCAAGCUUUCGGCCGUCGACGCGGUUCGAUUGUCUAUUUGAUUCUUUCUUCGUUUCGUUCUACCUCACUUUGCUUUCCAGGGUUCAAUCCCCUCCUGAGUCUUCAAGAUGUCGCAGACCGUCGGAAAGACUCGUCUCGCAUACUCUCGCGCCUGGCACUAUGUCGACGUCGGAUCUGACCCUCGAUCUCUCGGCCGUCUAGCCUCCUCCAUCGCCAUCCACCUGAUGGGCAAACACAAGCCGAUCUACGACCCCUCCACAGACUGCGGUGACUAUGUUGUUGCUGUCGGAUGCCACGACCUGCGGGUGACGGGCAAGAAGAAACUGCAGAAGAAGUACUACACGCACACGACCCGGCCCGGUAGCUUGAAGAGCAUGACGAUGGACAAGAUGUUUGAGAAGUGGGGAGGCGGAGAGGUCCUGAAGCGCGCUGUUAGGGGCAUGUUGCCGAAGAACAGGCUUCGGGAUCAGAGAUUGGCUAGAUUGAAGACCUUCGAAGGUCUCGCGCACCCCUACAAGGAGAAUAUCGUGAAGAUCGGUAAUCAGCCCGUGAUUGGACAGCUGCCCGAGGUGCAGCAAGCGUUCGAGAAGGCCAAGGAAGAGUCGUCACCAUGAAAAAUCUUUCUACGGUCGGAUCUAUGUAAUUUAUUCAUGUUCAUCUUUUUCCUUUCCUUUCUUUUUUUCACCUUCAAGCUCGCAGCGCAUGGGUGUGGAGUCCGUCGGGAUUUUGAAAUGCAAAUGCUAUUUUGGCAUGGUGUCAACUGAGCUUGCUCCUCCUUCCAGUGGUUUAGGAGGGAAGCCUCAUUUUCUACGGGGUAGAACACGUUCUUCUGAUGAAUCCAGUCU